CGAAGACGAAGGAGGAGGAGGAGCCAUGGUGAUGUCGGUGGUGGAGCCGCGGAGGUCGAUAAGGGAAGCGCUGCUCCACGGCGUGCUCGGCGGCGGCGGGCGGUGCGCGGCGAGGGCACGGCCCAGCGCGGCGGUGCGGGAGCUACGCGGCGGGCGCCCGAAGAACGUGCUCGUGCUCAUGAGCGACACCGGCGGCGGCCACCGCGCCUCCGCCGAGGCCAUCCGCGACGCCUUCCGCCUCGAGUUCGGCGACGAGUACCAGGUGUUUGUGAAGGAUUUAGGGAAAGAGUACGGGGGGUGGCCGCUGAACGACAUGGAGAGGUCCUACAAGUUCAUGCUGAGGCACGCACGGCUGUGGAAGGUCGCAUUCCACGGCACGUCCCCGCGUUGGGUCCACUGCAUCUACCUCGCCGCCCUCGCCGCCUUCUACGCCAAGAAGGUGGUGGCGGGAUUAAUGGAGUAUAGCCCCGACAUCAUCGUAAGCGUCCACCCGCUCAUGCAACACAUUCCUCUGUGGGUGCUCAAAUGGCAGAGCCUUCAACAGAGCGUGCCCUUCGUUACCGUCGUCACGGACCUCAACACUUGCCACCCCACAUGGUUCCACACUAGCGUCACUAGAUGCUACUGCCCCUCUCAGGAGGUCGCAAAACGGGCAUUGUUCGAGGGCUUGGACCCUUCUCAAAUCCGUGUAUUCGGUUUGCCUAUUCGACCAUCCUUUUGUCGCGCCGUUCUCAACAAGGGUGAUUUAAGAAAGGAAUUGGAGAUGGAUCCUCAUUUGCCCGCGGUUCUGCUAAUGGGAGGCGGCGAGGGAAUGGGUCCGGUGGAGGAGACCGCUUUGGCCCUUGAUGAAGCUCUUUAUGACUACGAGCUCGAUAGGCCUGUAGGACAGAUUGUGGUCAUAUGCGGUCGCAACCAGGCGCUCCGGUCUACACUAGAGUCGACCGAAUGGACGGUUCCCGUGAAGGUAAGAGGAUUUGAGUCCCAGAUGGAGAGAUGGAUGGGGGCUUGUGAUUGCAUUAUUACGAAGGCUGGGCCAGGUACAAUUACUGAGGCUUUGAUAAGGGGACUCCCAAUCAUCCUCAAUGACUUCAUCCCUGGACAGGAGGUGGGCAACGUCCCUUACGUCGUGGACAACGGGGCCGGCGUGUUCUCGAAGGACCCGCAGGAGACGGCCGGCCUCGUCGCAAGGUGGUUCGGCCCCGAGAAGGCGCUCCUCAAGAAAUUCUCGCGCAACGCUCUGAGACUCGCGCAGCCGAACGCGGUGUUCGACAUCGUGAGGGACAUCCACAGCCUCAUCCGGCAGCGGGGACCCGUGACGCGCGUCUCCUACUCCGUCGGUUCUUCGUUCCCUUUCUCCGUAUAUUAGAAUUCCGCUAGCUAGCUCAACAUUUUGUACAGAUUGAAUUAUUAACAUUCUUUAGCCUCUUUUAAGUGUGGCUCAUUUAAGUUUAAGGAGAAUUGCAAUGUGUAAGAUGAAAAUAAGCCGCUUAGUUUGCACUAGCUAUCAAUAAGGGCUUGUGAGAUAGAAAGAGAUGAUCUUUCUCCAAGUCCUUAGCUCUCUGUACAUUAUCCGCUAGUAAUAAUAAUUCGUUAAUUAUAAAUUG